CCGAAAAUACGUUAGCGAUCGUCAGUGGACCGCAAAAACCCGUUCCACUAUUUAGAAAGUCAAGAUCUGAUUGUAGACAUGCCACGAGGCGGAAGAAAGGGCCACAAGGGCCGGGGAAAACAGUUUAGCAACCCUGAAGAGAUUGACCGACAAAUGCGAGUACAGAGAGAGUUGGAGGCAAAUGGCGGAGCCGAGAAGGAGGAAUCUGCCGGGUCAGACGAGGAUAGCAGCAGCGACGAGGACCUUUCAAAGAAGAAGAGCGGCGUGGAAGGACUCAUAGAGAUCGAGAACCCCAACCGCAUUUCCCAAAAGAACAAGAAGGUUACGGAAAUCGACAUUGAAGCUCCGAAAGAGCUCACACGCAGGGAACGAGAGGAGAUUGAGAAGCAGAAGGCGAAGGAGCGCUACAUGAAGCUCCACCUGGAGGGGAAGACGGAGCAGGCCAGGGCCGACCUGGCCCGCCUAGCCAUCAUCAAGAAACAGAGGGAGGACGCCGCCAAGAAACGGGACGAGCUUAAGAAAGAUACAGACGAGUCGAAGGCGAAGCGCUAACCCCGGGACACAUCAAGAAUUGACAGGAACAGCCGGCUGAGAGGGACGGAGGGAAGGAAGAGAGAGGGACGGAGGGAAGGGAGAGAGAGAUCGGAGAUGGUGUACCAAUACAAGGGGAGGUGUCUGCUCAGGUUGUCCUGUCCCUCCCCCAAAAAUAUAUAUCAACCAGGGAGAUGAAAGUUGAGCCUCCCAGGCAAUGCAAAGCGGAGCGGGGUGAAUAAAGGGAGGGAUGGGUCGAAUGGAGAUGGAGAGAAGUGGAACACCUGGGAUGCCUUUUCUUUUGUUGCUUUUUUCCUUUUGGGUUUUUUCUAUUUUAAAAUAACGGUCGCUCAGAAUGUUGAGAGAUGACGAUGGCAGGUGUUCCAGGGGCUUGUGGCGUUCCUCGCUCGCCGUCCUCGCUCACCAGGGUCACCCAUUCUUAAAGCUGCUGGAAUUCUUCCUUUCCUUUCGAUCCAUCACAUUUCCUUUUUCCCUAUUCUUUUUUUAAUACGUGGUCCGCUGCAUGGUCGGAUGACCCUUGGGUGACGGGUGAAGAGCUUUUGUAGCCCCUCCCGUCUGUUCUGGGGGAUAAGGGAUAGGGAUAUGAUGGAUACAUGUAUAGAGGUGUUUGGUAUUUCUUGGCUUAUUCCAUCCAAGGUGGCACGCGUCUUUCUUAAAGCACAGUGCUGUAGCAGAGAUGGAUGCAUGCAAGUCUAUCUCAUCUUUUGAAAUGUUUAGGCCCAAUCCCAUUUCUAUCCCUUACCCCUCCCCCUUGUUUUGAAGGGGGAAGGGGAAGGGGGAAGGGGUAGAAAUGGGAUUGGGCCUUAGUCUGUCGCCAUCACCACCACCACUGCCCUUUUUGCACAUGCCCUUUGGUGCGAACGUCACAUGUUGGCUAUUUUGGCUCCAAAGGGUGAUGCUAGUGGAUCCCAACUACCGCGUUGGUAACUGAGCAGCAGACCGGUUCCUAAAGGCGUUUUAUGGCUCAUAGCUGGGCCACUGCUGCUUGUCCUAGACUAUUAAUGUUGUGAUCACCGUCCCAUGUAAACACCAACAAACCCUCAACAAGACAUCCAGAUCCUAUGGAAGGGUACAUAGUAGGAGCACUUCAUUUCGCUUCCCCAAAUUGUCCUGAAUCGUUUGAUAUGCGGCCAAAAUUAACAUAAUUUACACAUAAGACGACAUACUUUUAUAAUUUGGGUAGUUAUUAUUUCAAUGGAAAAUCAAAAAACUGCAAAAGAAGCCGCUCCUGUCUGACAUGCCUUCGUGACCUUCGUUUCGACCUUUGUUUCUCCUUGGCCUCGUCUUCUUAAACAGACUGGACCAGGGACAUCGACGCCUUGGAACGUUUACUGAAGACCAACUCACUGUCUCUCUCGGGUAGCCAAAUGCCAUGGUCAGACUAUAUAUAUCUAUAGGCGUUUAUCUGGAAAGCCCUGAAGAGGAAAGCCAUGUUCUCGUGGAAAUUGCUGAAAGAAUAAUCUCCUCAUUAGUAUAUUGGUAAAACCAUACAGUGUACAAAAAUAGCCACAGUGUUUUUAAAUCUCUCCGAGACUGAAAUUACUUGUUCAAUUUUUUUUUUCAUGUUAUACAUUUUGAUUUAAAUAAAUACAUUGAUAGAUACAUUACUGUCUUUGUUUU